ACCCAUUACUUGUAAAUUUGUCGUAAUGUUUUUUGGCUAAGGAAAAACCUAAGAAACUUCAUCCCCGUCGUCUCCGGUGGUUGAUUCACUAAUUGUUUCUAGGGUUUCGUUUCGAUUGUACAUGCUUGUCUUCCUCGUCCAGCCGAGAUAAAUGGUGGAGUCUUCUCACAAGAUUUGAAGUCAACCGCAUCAUUUCUGUUGUAUUGUGAAGUAAUUAGAAUAUCAAUCAAUGGAUCAUCAGCUACCAGGUGGUGGAUCGGAGGUUUUUGUUGGUGGGUUGUCUAGAUCUAUAGAUGAAGACACAAUUAAUGAGGAAUUCUCUACAUGUGGUGAUAUUUUGGAAGUGCGUUUAAUAAAGGAUCAUACAGGCAAAUCCAAGGGCUUUGGCUUUGUGCGUUUUGCCACAAAAGAGGCUGCUGAUAAAGCAUUGAAGGAAAAAUCUGGAAUUACACUAGAUGGGAAGAAGAUUGGUGUUCUGCCUUCAAAUGAACAGAAAUCUCUAUAUUUUGGAAAGAUUUGCAAAGAUUGGACUGAUGAUGAAUUUGAGGAAAUUUUACGACAGGAUUUUCCAGAUGUUGUGUCUGUGGAGCUGCCAAAACCCUUCACCAUUGGAGAAGCAUCUCAGAAGCAACAAAAUCGGGGUUUUGCUUUAGUGAAGUUUUCAUCUCAUGCUGCUGCAGUAAAAGCUUAUCGAGUGGGGACAAAACCAGACUUUUCAAUUGCUGCUGGUAGCUGUCAUCCAGUUGUAAAAUGGGCUGAGGACACUAAUGUUGAUCCCGAGGAACUUGCAAAGGUUAAAACAGCAUUUGUCAGUAACCUCCCUCAGGAUGCUGAUGAGAAAUACUUGAGGGAAUUGUUUGAACCUCUCGGAAAGUUAGAUCGUGUUACACUAUCCAAUAAGCGUGAUUUCCCAGUUGGAUACAUUCAAUUUUUAGAGCGAUCCGUAAGUUUCUAUUCUACUCUGCUAUCUUCUAGUCCUGCAUAUGUUAUUGUCUCUUCCAUCUAUCUAUACACUGAUAAUGAAAAUACCACUACAUGCACUAUCUUUGAUAUAUCAGUGUUUUCUGUACAGUUGAUAGUCCAAGAUUCAUUUUAA